AUGGUACGAGGGGACACCGUGCUUUCCUCCUUUUGGAAAAAAUGUAUUGGUGGUAAAAUUCCCGCUCUUCCAAUUCAAACCAGAUGGACGAGUGCUUACUCUACGGUGACCACCAUCCUCAACAAACGGGACGAAUUGUGUUUUGUGUUCGGUAAACUAGCGGGCAUGGGCUUCUCUCACAACCACCUGGACCCUGACAAGAUUGAAGUUGUCGAAGAGUUUUUUGAUGAACAUAGAAUAACGCUGGAUCAAAGUCAGAUGAACACGGUUCACGCUCUCUUGGAAUACCGAAAAGAUCUGAAAGAAAUAACGGGACUGAACUUCAUAAUGGGCGAGUUCAAAACCUGGAUUGAGUCGUCACAGAAGAAUGAGGAUAAUACUUUAAUGAGCUACUCUAGAACGUUCUUGAAAGUACUCAAGUUUUUCACAGCAGUAUCAAACCUGCUUGGCAAAGAAGAAGGUUCGUUUGAUUACUUUGAUAUUGCAGAUCAGCUUUAUGUGUAUCGUGAUCAUGACGAUCCGACAGUUGCUUAUUCACAGAAAGACUCAAAGGUACUGUUUUGGACCAUCAAUUGGAAACAUCAAGACAUUCGACAAUUUCCGUACAAAUUCAAGUCUUUGGAACUUUCUAAGAUAGAGACUCUUUUUGAGUUGUAUAAGCGCACAGAUUCAUUCCGAGAGAUGAAUCACCUCGCGUUGGAGGAAUCUGCAGCAAAAGCUCUCGCAUAUGAGAAUUUAGAGAAGAACGUUAUCAUUAUCGAAAUUGAUGCAUACGAAAAGGAUAGGCUUUACAACGAUGACAGUAGUGAGUGGUCUCUCGAAGCUAACAACGAGUUCUGA